AAGUUUGCAGGCUGCGUAUCUGUGAGUCUACUCCAUCCUCAACAAUUUAAGAGGCAUGGCCGAGAAAAAAUUGAAUUUGAAGCAUAUCUUGCCGGUGUUUUAAACAUGGGACAUUCACACUACAAAUGCAUAAAAGGAAUGAAAGGCCAGGAUGAAUUAAAGAUAACUUUGUAUUACGCUCACCGUUGCUUUCUAUCUACAGUAGCAUUAUUGAAAGCUCACAGAAAUGAACUUAUAAAGAUUACUGAACUGCUUUUGAAAAAAGGAACCUUGGGAAUUGGUGAAAUCGAAACGAUUCUGACAGGUCCUAAAGGAAAAAGUUCUAAAGAUCGAACUUUGUACGAUUGUUUUGUUCCAACUCUCACUCUACAAGGGCAUUUGGAGUUCAACAGAAUGCUUUAAUCUGAAAUCAAAGCAAAUAUGAAGAAAAUUUGAUUUGAUAUUUAAAACACUUUAAAAAAUAAAAA